GUUUGUAAAGUUCCAUGUAUGAGUUCUCUAAGUCUUCAGUCACACUAUCGUGGUGUAAAGCAUAAAAAGAUCUGUAACAGUAAUUUGCUUGAAAAAUCCCAAGAAAAAGAUGAGGUGGAAAUCUCACAACUCUGUUUUGACCAGCAUGUAACUUGAAACAUCAACCAUACCUAAAGAAAGAGAAAGCCCUGAGACCCGAGACUGUCUAUUAAGCUGAGAACAUGAAUCCAGGCUGUCGUAUGUCAAUGAAAACAACAGUUGUGGUGAAAGGUUGAAAACGUGGGAUAUAACUAGCUCACGGUGGAAAUGGAAGUCUUGUUGUAAAGGCACUGAUGAUGACAUACAAGAUUUUUAAAGUACAGGAAGCAGAGAACAUUGGCAGGUCCUCCAGAUCCGGUCCAAACUCCGAUGAAGCAUGAAACACAGAGACCAGUGAAGAGAGGACUCACAAAGGACAUAACCUGUCUGAAGGAUUUUAUGAAUGAUCCCAUAAGAGAUGAACCGCUAGUUGGUUUAGAACAUGUGGUUGAAAUCAGAUUUGAAGGAAGAAAAGAGCCGCAUUAUGAAUGCAAGCUGUGUGGGUUGAAUACAGAGAUGGCACCUAUGAUAGAACAUCUUAGUGGAUAUAAACACAGAAGAGCGUACAUCUCUAAAGAAUUUCCAGAUAAAAUGAAGAAAAAGAAAACAGAUGUAAGAGAAUGCAAAGUCUCAUUUUUCAGACGGAUAGCAGGAGAGCUAGAGAAGACUGAAGGGUUAAAAAUGUAUAAGAUCGAAGGUUACGUAAGACCGAGUACCUCACCCCCAUCAAAGAAGAAAGCAAGGCGGGAAGAUUACUGUAAGCAUGAGAAUGAUCCUGUUCGGAAACAGAAAGCUCUAGAGUUCUUGGAGACUUUUCACAUCACCUCAGACUCAGAAGCAACACUUGUUGUUCAUAUUACGCAGGAACUCACAGAAGCUUUGAAGGCCUUUUGUGAAAAGAAAGCAGCAGUUAAUUAUACUAACAGUCUGAGGCCCCUGAUGUCAAUAUCUCAGGAUGAAUUUCCAGGAAAGAAAAGCAUCCCAAAACAGUAUAAGCCAUAUGGAAAAUCCAAAGGAAAUUCUAACUGGAAUCAAGGUUUUUUGUCUCAGUAUGAAGAGUGUUCUGCAGCUGCUUCUUUUGCUCCUGCGAACUCAUACAGUUACCAAACAGAUGAUGGAUCAUCUUCCUAUGGACUAAGAUCUAAUGACUUUGCAAUGAUGUCUGCGCUCAGGGACUCUUUUGCUCUUCAGACUGGAAGUCCUGCCAGUGGUAUCAGCGAAUGGCUGAGACAGUUCAGCCGAUCUGCUUCUGGCAGUAAUUCAGCUGGUGGGGCCUCUUCCUAUGAGACAAGUCCAGUGAGUGAGUACUCAGCAGAAUGUAUGUCCAACGAUGUGCGAGGAAGUAAGCUCCCUGAUAAUAGAAUCUUGUGUGGCGGGGAAAGUACAAACUGGAGGAAUCAACAAGCGUGUACAAAAGCAAGAAGUGUAAGUGAUCAAAGAUUAUCUUAUCCCAAUUCUUCUGCCUCAUAUGCUUCAUCUGGAAGAUAUUCCACAAACUAUCUUUUGCAAAGCUAUUCCUCUUACAAGAAUGAUGAGUCUGUGAAUACUUGUAUAUCUUCUGCAAAUUCUGCUGUUUCAGGAAGAGGUGGCUCCAGGUGGAACGAGGACUCUAGCUGGAAUCAGAGCUCUAGCUGGAAUCAUGAGAGCUCUAGCUGGAAUCAUGAGAGCUCUAGCUGGAACCAUCAGAGCUCUAGCUGGAACCAGGAAUCUAGCUGGAACCAGGAAUCUAGCUGGAACCAGGAAUCUAGGUGUCAGGGAUUCAGGCAUCAGAAGUCAGGCUACAAGAGUGAUUGGAGUUCACAUCAGUACUCAUUUUCAGGCAGUGGUUCGUACAGAGAUUACCAGCAAUUCAGAAGCUCAGAUAAGAUGUUUGAUGAAGAUGCUGUUGGUCUUACUCCUAACAUUUUGAAUAGACUACGGGGAAAGGACGUACCUACAAUGACCAGGAUGCUCAAACAGUUGGCUCCAUAUUAUCCAGCACUUCAAAAACUAAAUAUUCAGACAUUAGUCAAUGUGCUAGUAGAAACUAGAGGAAAAGAUUAAGGAGCAACAGCAGCUGAACUGGAAACAGAUGAACAGAUUGGAGAAUCUCCAUCUCUCGGCUUUCAGGAAAGAGACUGCAUUUAAUUCUGUGUUUGACUGGUUUUGGAAGGGGAAAGGGAGGUAGCGUUUAAUUUCUUAACAUGUGAAAUAUAGCUGGAACACAAACUUGCACAUAACGGAGGUGAACAUACUAUUUUGUUUAGGCUUUUUUAAUGUAUUUGUUAUAUCUUAGUAUAUUACAGAAAAAAUCUUUUGUUAUUUUUUGAAAAUAUGUUAAUGUUAUUCUGUCAGCAAAAAGCUAAUAACCCUUUUAGCACCCUUCCCAACUCAGAAAAAAAGAAACGUUUAGUUUUAUGUUAUCUACUUAGAAUAUUCACUGAAAAUACAGGUCCGUUGCAUGAAAAUACAGGUUUACUUUUCUUCACACAAAUGUAAGGCCAGUUCAGUUAAUUUGAGGCUUUAUAAUUAGCAUAUUUUUAGAAAUUGAUACACUACAUUUCUGUUUAGACGAAGAAAGGAGAAUGUCACAGCAAAGGUAUUCUCUGUCUUAACAUGAUGCUAUAUGAGGAAAAUGUAAUCUAUUCUAGGGGAUUGGUAUGUAAUGGAGCAUAUUACUUGCUUUCAUUUUUGCAGAGUAAAACCAGUCGUGAAAUAUAUACAGAUUUUUUUAUCACGUUGUUCGGAAUGAAAUGGUUACAAAUCAACUAAAAAACUCAUUUGAUGGAUUAGUCCAUACUAAAAUAAAAAUUCUUGAUUCUUUCUACUGGCAAAAGCGUACUAAGAAAGAGCAGAACCUAUAAGGCAGUCAGGUAAAAUAAUAGGGAAAAAUCAAAAUGGCAUGCUAACUGAGAAGCACUUACCAGUUCAUGAUGUUUGUCAGUGGUCCCUACUUACAUUUUCUUUUCCCCAGACUUCGGAGCCACAUGCUCAUGAAUGCCUGGCUUUAGAUGUCUACUUUAUCUAAUCAAAUCAAGCUUACAUGGAGCUAAAGAAAAGAAGUGAGACAGUUUACUCCCCAGUGUCCGUUUUCCUUUUCACUGCUGUGUUGUGGACUAUCAUACCUGAAAUAUUUCUCUGUCUCUGUGCAUUAAAUACUUGUGCUAAACCAGGGUUA